AUGGAGACCAGCAUGCUAGGGUUGGCUUCUUUCCCUUGCUACACGCCACCAAACCGUUCUCUUCCAAAGUUUCGGAUAUUAUCUAUGCGACAGCAAUAUCCCCUUGCAAGCAAAAUCGUUGUUAAAAAUUUACCUUAUUUUACUGGUGAGAAUACUCUGCAAAAGGAAUUUUCUGAUUUUGGCAAGAUAGUUGAAGUUAAGAUCGUAAAAGAUGCGAUCACAGAAAGAUCGAAGGGAUUUGCUUAUAUUCAGUACACAAGUCAAGAUGAUGCCAUGCUUGCACUAGAAAACAUGGAUCAAAAGAGUUUUCACGGCAGGAAAAUCUCUGUAAAACUUGUAAAACUUCGUCCUUAUGAUAUGAGUGGACCCUCACCAAGGGCCUCAGGGCCACCAAAGAAGUGGAAUAUACCGGAGAAGCAGGAAGAAGAUGUAGUAGAUUGCUGGUACUGA